GUGUUCCAUAAGUGUUGCUUGAGCUCCGCAUUCUCCUUGUGGAAUGCCAAGACAGGCACAGGUCAAGCUGGUUCAGCCGCAUAUCAUAGUUGCAUUUGGAUUGGGACGAAAAAACUCGGAACCCCUCGCCUGAUCGAGGAACAGACGUGGGAGGUGGAAAGGUUUAAAACAAUAGUUUGCCUUGUCGUCUUCAGAGGAUCACUCAGAGGCCUCCGCUGUUGAGCAAACUGUCCUUCCUCUUAUCCGGAAACCAACGGAAAGUGAUCAAAAUCUAGUGAAGGUUGUCAUUCUUGAACGAGGGAGUUGAAUAUCAAUCAAAAUGACCUUCUGGCAGGAGAAUUACCACUUCAUCAAGGAUGUCUAUGACAUGCGUCAUCAGAAGAUGCUUGAGUGGAUGGAAAAUGUGGAGAAGGCAAUCUCCAGGAUUAUGGCCGACAAAGUGUACACCUCCGCCGAGUUCAAGCGUGAGCGGGACAAUUUUCAUGCCUUGUGCAAAGAUCUGUACCGCGAGGAGGUUAAGAAAUGGCUACAACAGAUGCUAGAAAUCCUGAUGGCGGAACGGGCCAAGGAGGAGAGGAAGGAACAGAUUUCCAAGUUGGAUGGUCUGAUUGAAAGGCACGAGAACUUGGUACCCAACGUCAACCAGACGCAGAUCAAGGUUGACUUGUAUUGGAAGUGCUAUGCCUAUGGCGACGAACUGGCACCUCACAUAGAGUUCUUAGACGGGAUUAUGCUCAGCUCAACGCGAGAAAUUGCCCCCUCUUGCGUUGAGAAUGUAGAGGAGCUCAUUGAGAGGCAAGAAAAGGCCCUCAAUCAACUCGAGACCAAGCGAAAUGUGGUCAAGGAGCUCAUUGCCAAGGGCAAGGCCCUUUUGGAGAACCCAGACAAACCCAAAUUCUUGGAUAAUCAUGUCCAGCGAAUUGAAGAUGGUUGGGAUUUGACCAAAGACAAGGCCACUGCUCGUCUUCAGUUCUUGCAAAAGACCAAGGAUGCUUGGGUUGGCUACGCAGAGGGCUUGGAAGCCAUCGCUGUUGAAUUCGAAAAGGCCGACGAGGAAAUGAAGAAGGUCAAGAAACGCUUCAAUCUUCAAUCUGCCAUGGAAGAUUUGGAGAAGCGUCAACAAAUCUUUGGCGACAACAAGACCACCAUUGAGAACUUGUACAAGUCGAUCCAAGACAAUUACGAAAUUAUGACCAUGACUUUGCCCGACGAGAAGAAGGACUUUGUCAAGAAGGAGGUGAAGGCUAUUACCGACAAGCUUGAUGUGGUGGGCAAAUUCGAGGACAAGGUUAAGAAGAUCGAGGACUUUGUCAACAACCUCAAUGAGUUCAACAACAGUCUGAAGGGAUUGGAUGAAUGGAUGAAUAAUGCUGAUUCUCAACUGAAGGACAUCAAGGACGCUUCCGACAAAAUGACUCCAGAAGAUCGUGUUUCCUACACCAUGGAGUUGCAAGAAGACAUUGCCGGAAAGGUCAAGAUUAUCGACGAGAACAUUGCUAGGGAAGAGGCUCUUCUUCCUCAAGGUGACAAGGUUCCUCAAGAUGCUCAAGACCACAAGAACGAGCUCAACAGAAUCAAAGAGUUUGUCCUUGCUCUCCAGAAGAAGGUGAUCUCCGAGUGCGAGCAAUAUUCAGAGGAUGUCAAAUACUGGGCUGAAUACAAGACCGGCAUCAAAGAGUUCAAGCCCUGGUUGGAGACUUAUGAGAAGAAAUCGACCGAAGGCUUGCACAAGCCCCAGACCUUGGAUGAAGCUAAUACCAUGUACAAGGCUGUCAAAGAGUUUGCUGAUUCGUGCCAGAAAGAGCUCAAGGUUCUUGAGACGGCCACUGCUGCCUCCCUCAAGAUGACCACUCAUCACGAGGCUGAUAGCGAGGUGGCCGAACUCAAAGAGCGUUAUGCCAAGGUCAAGGUUGUCGCUGAUGAAUGGAUCAAAAAGGUAGAGACUCUAGUCAAAGAAUGGCAACUAUUGGACUCCACCGUUAAUGAGCUCAACUCUUGGGUUGCCGAGGACCGCAAGGAUAAUAACGAGCAACAAUUCUCCCUCGAGAAAAUGGAGUCCACCCUUGGUGAGCUGAAGAACAUCUUCAAGGAGAAGGAGAAGCUUGUGGAGAACCUCUAAGCCUAUGAUGGAUGCAUCAUUUGGCUUUUCAUUUGGACACUUUGGAACACCACUGGAGGACCCCGACUAAUUGGAAAUGGAUUGAUUAAUAUUUCUUAUUAUUUUCGACACGCACUAUGAAACUUUAUACAUUUACCGCGACUGGACACAAACCUAUAAUUAUACCAUAUUUCUAUGACAAAGAGUAACUUUUCAUGGAAGCAAUCUGUCAAAAAAGCAGAUUUUACGGCGAGUGGCCCUGACCUUUCUCUGCCAAGUUGCCUAACCUUCCGGCUCUUGUCCAAGGUUUUCCCCGGGCGGGCUGCUGGGGCGCCAGAUUGAUGACAGCCCUUUUGAAUAAUUCACAAAAAGUCCCCGAAAGGGCUCAGUCUGGAAAUCAACUGAUGAGUCGAAGAAUCUCCUUUUUUUCAUGAUUGCCAGCAUUCAUUCCUCAAUGCAAGUAAAAACAUCAUUAAUCUCGUUUCUUCAUUGUACCUUAGGCUAAGAUAACUCGCCUCGCUAAAGUCUUCUAUCACUGAAAAAUUAUCACUAACUACGCAAAAUAAACAGUGAGCAACUUC